CGUCGAUUGUGCUGAUUGUGCUCCUUCAACUUCACAACUGUUUCGUCUUUUUGAUCGAAAAAAAACCAUUGACAGUUUCAACCUCAACACUUUUCAUUUGUUUUUGAAAUUUUCUAAAGAAUUCUCGUGAAGUAAAAGGUGUUUCACAAUGUUAUCCUCCACUUCGUCACACAUCCGAAAUGUGCUAUCAUUCUUGUUGCGUCCGGCUAUUCCGUCUCGUUUGGGGCAAACAACAAACCGUUCCCUGCAAACUGCUUCUGAACCUGAGACGCAUUUCGGAUUCGAGACUGUUAAGGAAAACGAAAAAUCGCAAAAAGUCCAUAAAGUAUUCGAAGAAGUAGCUUCAUCGUACGAUUUGAUGAAUGACGCUAUGUCCUUUGGAAUCCAUCGUAUCUGGAAGGAUAUCUUCCUCGAACGCCUAGCACCAAUUGGGGGCGGCAUCAGAUUACUCGAUAUGGCAGGCGGAACAGGGGAUAUCGCGUUUCGCUAUUUGAAAUAUCUGGAUAACUUGCCACAGAACGAAGGAACGCAGAAUCAUGUAACUAUAUCGGAUAUCAAUCAGGAUAUGUUGAAUGUAGGAAAAGAGCGAUUCAAGUUAUUAAACCGAAAGCAGAACAACCACUCUAUUGACUGGGUGUGCGCUGAUGCCGAGAAACUACCAUUCGAGAACAAUUCAUAUAGUGCCUACACGAUAGCUUUUGGAAUUAGGAACGUAACACAUAUCGACAAGGUUUUAUCCGAAGCCUAUCGUGUUUUACAACCGGGAGGACGAUUUCUUAGUCUAGAAUUCAGCCAUGUAACAAACGAUUAUAUAAAAUGGAUAUAUGAUCAGUAUUCCUUUCAAAUGAUUCCACCUAUGGGCCAAAUAUUGGCAAACCAAUGGCAUCCGUAUAAAUAUUUGGUGGAAAGUAUACGAAAAUUUCCCAACCAAGAGGAGUUUAAGAAACUAAUUCAACAGGCAGGCUUCAAAUGUGUUGAAUACGAAAAUCUCACGUUUGGUGUAUGUGCAAUACACUCAGGAUUUAAGCUUUGACCUUAUACGAAUGCGAUUUAGGCGGCAAUAAAUAUAUCCAUGUUUUCUAAGAAACAAA